GCGGCACAGCGCCCCCCAGAGGCCUGGUUCAGACCGACAGCCCGAACUUCCUGUGCAGCAGCCUGCCGCAGCACUGGAGGAGCAACAAGAGCCUUCCGAGGGCCUUCGCCGUGGUUGCCCUGGGAAACGACGUUCCUGACGGCGUGGUUGUCACGGUGAUGGCCGGCAAUGACGAGAACAGCAGCGCGGAGCUACGGAACGCCACGGCGACCAUGAAGCACGGCCACGCCCACUUCACUGACCUGCGCUUCAUAGGGCGCAGCGGCAGAGGCAAGACUUUCACCCUCUCCAUCAAUGUGCUGACCUCUCCGCCUCAGGUCGCCACCGUACACAAAGCCAUCAAAGUCACUGUGGACGGACAGCGGCUGCCCAGACGUCAGAGGCAGAAGGAGGUGAAGUCAGGAGCGUUCAGGGCCGCCUGCAGCAGCUCUGCAUCAACAGAUUGCAGAUCCUUCCCCUCCUCUCUGUGGACAAAUGAGCCAUCGUUCCUGGGUCAGGUGUCUUCCCCCAGAAUGCACCACCUGCCCGCGCUCUCCUACUCCACUCAGCACCCCCCCUACAGCGCCUACCUGUCCACCCCUGCCCCCCCUCCGCUGAGCCACAGUGGUCCAUUCCAGCCCAGCAGCUUCUACUACGCACCGAACCAAAUGAUCCAAAGCACCGGGGAGGACCGCAACGUUGUCUCGGCUCUGUCUAAUUAUAUUGAAGGGGCGUGUCUUUCGUUGCGGGGGGAGGAGCCGGUCUGGAGGCCAUAUUAACGAUUUAUGUUAUACGUCUAAAAUAUAAAUUAAAAUGAGCACAUUUUGGGAAGUGUUACAUUACACAUCUCCCGCCCGACUGUAAAGAAUAAUAUUUAAAUGUUGGUGCAGGGAUUGAGAAGGUUGCCUUUGUUAUUAAUAUUAUUUAUUUAUAGAAUUUUUCUGACUUUUAUUUAUUAAUAUUCAUUGGUUUGAACAAUAAAUAAUACAUACAAAUAUCUGUUGCCAUUUCCCUUUGCUAUAAAUGUCAUUUUAUUAAAGCACAGUUGAAUCGAAAGAUCAUUGAUUUCUGAUCAAAUAUAAUAUCUGAUCAAAUGAAACCAAUCAUCCAUCGAUGUGUUUGAUCCGCCUUUAAAAACAAAUGUUGGCAAAAUUCAAUCAACGGUCAGUUUUUGGAAUAUUCUUUGCUAGUUUAUAAUACCUACAUUUUAAAUACUCUUAAAACUGAACAAGUUCAACGUUAAGACAACUUAAGAACAGCCAUGAUUAAACAUAUAAAUGAGAAGCAGUCGCAUGCCCAACAAACAAUAUGAGUAUGUAAAUAAAAAAUACAUUAAAUUAUAAAAAAGGAAUCGUUCUUUAAAGGAAUGUAAAUUAAUAUCUGAUGCAAUAAAAGAAAUGUAGUGAUGAGAUGAUCCUGGAGCUCAGAUGCUGAUCCAAUAGACUCCUUUGUUUACUUCCUGGUCAUAGUGACAUCACUAUGUAACACCUGCUCUCCUAUUGGCUAGCACUCCAACACGUUGUACGUGAUGGGCUAAGGGGCGGGACGACUAAUUUAGAAAAGCAGUUUUUAAUGAUUUGAGGAGAAUAUUUGAUAGUGGAUUACGAGUCCCGGGGGUUCAGUGUUGUUGGUGUAACGCGUUGAGUUCCUCCACCCUCCGGCUCCACUCCUCCUCCGUCAGCUCUUCUUCAUCUGCUCCUCCUUUA